AACCAGAGGAAACAGAGUCAUAUUAUUAUUUUCUUGUGAUGAGGGCUGUUCGCUGAGCCUCGUGGUGAGGUGUUUUGACUGCCAUCAUACGCAAGCGUGAUCUAUGAGUCCUAGAGCGCAGGAUCACCGGUAACCCUGUCUGAGGCACCGCAGGUGGUCUGAGAGGGGGAGAGAGAGGGAGGGAGGGAGAGAGAGAGAGAGGGAGAGAGAGGGAGGCGUGCUGCACAUUGGUCGGGCUACUUUUCUGACGACACACCAACAAUCGUCAACCUGUGGAUAGGGCGCGCGCGCGCGGCGCUCUGUUGUCUCCACUGCCACCCUCUCCCCCUCUGACACCGAGCCCGACCAAGCCAGGACGCAUGAACUGGGAGAGGGUGCCGGUUCGAUUCCCCAACGGAGGAGAGGAGCCGAAAAGUUGAGGGGUGGGGGUGGGGGAUUCGUGCGCCAUCCCCGCUUCAUGAAUGGCCGGAACAUGGAGGAGAUGCCAUUCGAAAGAGUCAAGACCCGGCGGAGGAAGGGUCACUGCCCGGCCGGUGCACCCCUGGGCGCCAUCGCCUGCGAGGACGAGUUCAACAGCCACGAGCUGGAGGCUCUCUUCCAGAACUACAACCUGAAGCUGGAGCAGACCGCCACCCUCAAAGCGCUGGCGGUGCUCAUCGUGGCCGCGUCGUCGCUGUCCCUGGUGGAGCUGCUGUCCAGCCCGCGUCUCACCUUGUCCAAGGGCUCCUACCCGGUGCACUGCGUGGUGUUCCUGUCGCUGUUUAUCGUCACCAACGUCAAAUACCUGCAGGUGACGCAGCUGCAGCAGAUAGCGAAGCUGGCCCUGCUCUUCAGCUUCACCUUUGCGCUGCUCUGCUGCCCGUUCCCGAUGGCGCUCGGCACGUCGGAGCUGGUGAGCGCCGGUGCCCCUGAGCAAGGCGUGUGGCAGCUCAUGCUGGUAACCCUCGUGGCUUACGUGCUGCUGCCGGUGCGGACGCUGCUGGCUGUGCUGUUCGGGGUGAUGCUGGCUACAUCCCACUUCAUUGUCAUAGCGACGUCGGUCACGGGAAGGAAACAGAGGCUGUGGAGACCGCUGGUGGCCAACGCGGUGCUGUUCACCAGCGUCAACUUGUCGGGGGUGUUUGUGAGGAUUCUCACCGAGCGUACCCAGAGGAAAGUCUUCCUGCAAGCCCGCAACUGCAUCGAGGAGAGGCUGAGGCUGGAGGAUGAGAAUGAGAAACAGGAGCGUCUGCUAAUGAGCCUACUGCCCAGGAAUGUUGCCAUGGAGAUGAAGGAGGACUUCCUGAAGCCGCCUGAGCGGAUCUUUCACAAGAUCUACAUCCAACGUCAUGACAAUGUCAGCAUCCUGUUUGCAGACAUCGUGGGUUUCACCAGCUUGGCUUCUCAGUGUACCGCUCAGGAACUCGUCAAACUGCUCAACGAACUCUUUGGGAAGUUUGAUGAGCUGGCCACGGAGAAUCACUGCAGGCGGAUCAAGAUCCUGGGCGACUGUUACUACUGCGUGUCGGGCCUGACCCAGCCCAAGGCAGACCACGCCCACUGCUGUGUGGAAAUGGGACUGGACAUGAUUGACACGAUCGCGUCAGUGGUGGAGGCGACGGAGGUGGAUCUGAACAUGCGUGUUGGUCUGCACACGGGACGGGUACUGUGCGGCGUGCUGGGCCUCAGGAAAUGGCAGUAUGACGUCUGGUCGAAUGACGUCACGCUGGCAAAUGUAAUGGAGGCCGGAGGGCUGCCUGGCAAGGUGCACAUCACGAGGACCACCCUGGAGUGUUUGAACGGAGACUACGAGGUGGAACCGGGCUUCGGCCACGAGAGACAUGCCUUCCUUCAGAAACAUCACAUAGAGACGUAUUUCAUCGUGCCAUCACACAGACGUAAAAUUUUUCCAGGUCUCAUUCUGUCAGACAUCAAACCAGCCAAGAGGAUGAAGUUUAAGACGGUGUGCUACCUGCUCGUCCAGCUGAUGCACUGCAGGAAGAUGUUCAAGGCCGAGAUCCCCUUCUCCAAUGUCAUGACCUGCGAGGAUGACGACAAGGUGUGUAAACAUCUGUAUCUCUACGGAACAUGCAUGGAUAUCUCGGAGUGAGUCUGUACGCCCAUUUGUGAUGGAGUGAAUUCUGCUU